AUGAGUAACAACCAUUCCCUACGUAGCAUACUGGAUGCUAAUAAGUUGACUGGACCAAAUUUCUUAGACUGGUAUAGAAACUUGAGAAUUGUUCUCAAGCAAGAAAAGAGGCUAUAUGUCCUUGAGCAUGCCAAACCCGGUAUUCCUCCUGUUGAUGCUCCUGAAGAGGUACUAAGUGAGUUCAUUCAUCAUACAGAUGAUGAUGAGCAAGCCACAUGUGUGAUGUUGGCUAGCAUGUCUCCUGAACUUCAAAGGCAGCAUGAGAAUAUGGAUUCUCAAACGAUCAUUUUGCAUCUCAAGGAGUUGUUUGAUUCAAAAUGCAGGAAUGAAAGGUAUGAGGUAUCAAGGGAAUUGUUCCGCUGUAAGAUGACAGAAGGAUCUUCAGUGAAUGUUCAUGUUCUGAAGAUGAUUGGCUAUAUUGAAAAAUUAGGCCAAUUGGGUUUUGUCAUGGAUCAUGAGUUAAGUAUUGACUUGGUCUUACAGUCUCUACCUCCUAGCUUCUCACAGUUCAUAAUGAACUUCAACAUGAAUCAGUUGGAAACUACAUUGCCUGGACUGUUGGGGAUGCUAACUACUGCUGAAGGGGAACUUAAGAAGAACAAGUCCCUUGUUCUUAUGGUUCAAUCUUCUAAGACCAAAUAA